AGUACGGGCACGGAGAGAAGACACGGUGAAAGAGCGAGACAAAGAGAGCGCACCUGCGCACGGAGCGCCGCCGCCGGACGCUGGGGACCGGGGCUGCUGGCUCUCCCCUCUCCGCCCAGCCUCGCCUCCUCCGCUCUCCGUUGGCCGGCUUCCCAGCGCCCGCUACCCGCUGGCGACCGUCUCUCCUGCGACCGGCGACCGGCUGCCUGCUAGUGCGGAUUUUGUCUUUCCUCUCCAAAAAAAUGGUCAUGGAGUUGUCAAAUGCUAACCCUGUGGUUUAUGAGAAAAAAGAGAGGCGCAUCCGGCAGGCACCAGAAAAUACAGAUGAAAAUGCAGCAGAGCCUAUAGACCAGCUAGAAAUAUUUGAUCAUAUUAGAGACAUAAAGGACCCGGAGCAUCCAUACUCAUUGGAAGACCUUAAUGUGGUAACUGAAGAGUCGGUGGAAAUCAAUGAUGAACUUAGUCAUGUCAAAGUUACUUUCACCCCAACUGUGGAGCAUUGCAGUAUGGCAACUGUCAUUGGCCUUUGCUUACGUGUGAAGCUCAUGCGGAGUCUACCUCCUCGUUAUAAGGUGGACAUAAGGGUCGCGCCUGGAUCACAUGCAACUGAAGCUGCAGUGAACAAGCAACUGAGUGACAAAGAACGUGUUGCCGCUGCAUUGGAAAAUCCAAACCUUCUUGACAUUGUUGAGGAGUGCUUGUCACCAACGUUUGGUUGAAACCUCCUAAAUACAACUAGGAUCCAAUGUGUCGAUAUAAUCCCAAAAAACUACACCAGAUUACAGGACAGGACUUCUAUUGGAGAUACCAUGGGUGGUUACGUUUGCAUGAAUUUUGGUGCUCUGCGGCUCUCCAUGACCAUGAGCAUACUGCGACCGUGUUGGGAUUUCAGCCAUCCCUUGUAUUUUCCCUGUAGGUUCUCAGGGUGCUGUUUUUUUUCUUGGAGGGACUGGGUGCUGUUUUCUUCCGUAUACUUUCUGAUUGUAUACGCAGACAUGGUGUGGUGAUACGUCAUACAUGUGAAUGUGUGAUCUCUGGUCACAAAUCGCACGUCCUCUUUGUAAGGCGUCUCGUGUUAACAGAGAAGUAAUUUUUUUUACCAGAGGAAGUUUACAGAAGA